AACCCAACGAGGAAGCAGGUGCUGACGUUGAAGGAGGAGUAAUGGAGUAACGCAGAUAAACACUGCGCUUCGGACAGACUGAACUCGCUCACUGAGUCCCGGAGCGGCCCGGAAAAGGGACAGACUCACACACGCGAAAAUGUUUAAAGGCUGGGGAUCGUGGCUUGGCAUUGAGUCUCCCCCCGGAGCCAAAACAGGGGGAGCCGAAGCCGAAGCCGAAGCCGAAGCCGAAGCCGAAGCCUCAGAGGCAGCGGAGAGGAGGAAGGAGGAGGAAGCGGACAGUGAAGUAAACAAAGCAGAAAACAGCGACGCUGAAAACCCCCCGCUUCUCCAGCAGGCCAAGGGCCUGAGCGGAUACAUUUACAACUUUGCGAGCAGCGCCACCAAGAAAAUAUCUGAGUCUGUGGCAGAGACUGCAAACAAUAUAAAGAAGAGCGUUGAGGAGGGCAACAUAGAUGGCAUUAUUGACAAGACCAUUCUAGGAGAUUUUCAGAAAGAACAGGAAAAAUUUGUGCAAGAGAAAAAUGCUAAGAAGUCAGAUACAGCAGUGCCUCCCUGGGUUGGAUACAGUGAGGAGGAGACCAUUCAGCAACAGAUAUUAGCUUUAUCAGCUGACAAAAGGAAUUUCCUUCGUGACCCUCCUGCUGGUGUGCAGUUCCACUUUGACGUUGAGCAGAUGUAUCCCAUUGCCCAAGUCAUGCUGCAGGAAGAUGAGCUGCUCAACAGGAUGCGCUUUGACCUGGUCCCAAAACAUGUGAAGGAGGAGGUGUUCUGGAGGAACUAUUUCUACCGCGUGUCCCUCAUCAAGCAGUCCGCUCAGCUCACGGCGCUGGCAGCGCAGCAGCAGGCUGCCGAGAGGAGAGACGAGGAGAAGAACGGAGCCGCUCCACAGACCGAGAGCAUUCCAGAAACCAUCAGACCAAAAACACCUCCUACAACCAUCAAUGCCAAACCCAAAUCUAAUGAGCAUGAGGAGGAGGAGAUCUCUACCAGCCCUGGAGUUUCAGAGUUCGUGAGUGACGCUUUUGAUUCGUGUAACAUCAAUCACGAAGACUUGCGGAAGGAGAUGGAGCAGCUGGUUCUGGACAAGAAAGAUGAGGCCUCCCCUCAGGAUGAAGAAACGUCAGAGUGGGAGAGGGAGCUGCAGCGGGAGCUGCAGGAGUACGAGGUCGUGGCAGAAGCAGAAAACCGUGAUGACAACUGGGACCGUGAGAUUGAAGAGAUGUUGCAGGAUGACAGCUAAAACCCGGAGUCAUUGUUUCUGGUGUGGACUCAUCCCUGCACUGGAGACGGAGAGCGAAAAAGAACGGACCAGAGAAGAAUCAACCGAGUGGGUUUUAGAAGCCACUACAUUAUGACAGGCUCUAGUAUCAUAUUAUAUGAUAUCUUUAUGACGUGUCUAUCUGUUGAAAUGAAUUAAGAGGAUAUAUCUUUUAAGAAAGCUUUUUUUUUCCCCAUUUAAAAAUAGUUGGAUGUAGGAUGUUCUAUUUAGUGGACUUUGGCUUGGUGCCAAAUUGCACAAUGUCUACAGUAAAACGUUCCUCUUUGCCGAUGGAAAGAAAUGGUUAAUUUUACCUUUUUAUACAUAGGAGUGAUCUGACUGUGUGUUUAAACUGUCCUGCUUUAUCAGAGGCGUUGUGAUUCCGUUUGAUCCUGAUUUUAAGCUAGAAGAAAGGUGAGGAAUCUGGAGCAGCAUAGACACGAGCUCAGACACAGCCCAGGAAGUCCCGUGCAGUCCCAGAGAGAAAGCAUUGUGAAGAAAGCACUUCUUUUUUUACACGCUUUUGAAACAUCAGCUGCUUUUUACAUUUCAUGAUGAAUGGACCAAAAGAAAUGAUUGAAAAUAAAUUGGCCUAAACUUUCUAUAAAUUAACAUGUUAAAGUUAAGUACUCCUGCUUUGGGGAAGUCUGCUGCUGGGAGUGAGUAGUUUACUGUCACACAGCACAAAAACAUCUUGUUUUCUUUUAUUUUUUAAUGACCCUCUGUUGUUUCUUUGGGUUCGAUGAGUAUAUAAACCAGGGUGUGUGAACUCUUGGUGGAAUGUAGGUGAAGGUUCUAAAGGAUAGAUAACUAAUAUAUCUUUGUUAUUAGUGUUUUUUUCCCUCUGUGCAUUCUUUGUCUCAUUACCUGUCUGCCGCAUAAUCAUACUUGUUUGUCUGUCAAUAAAUUCUUUUUGUCUGUAAAUCCAAAAA